AAUACAACAACAAUAUAUAAUACAACAACAAUUAUUUAUAACAAGAACAAUAGUGAAAGUGAUGAUAAAAAGAUAACACAUCAUACAAGAAGUGUUAAUGAUAAUGAUAAUGAUAAUGAGAAUAGUGAUAAUUAUACAUUUAUCACUGGUACACCACCAUCAUCACAGAUGAUUGAUAAUAGAUCAUCAAUUAUUAUCAAUGAUAAUGAUAAUGAUAAUAUAAUAACAACAACAACAACAAGAACAAGUAUACUUGAACAACAAGAGUCAUAUCCAUCACAUACAUAUGAUGAUACUGGAAGUGCAACUGGAAUUGUAACUGGUACAAGUCAUACACAGUAUAAUGGAGUUUAUGUUGAAUGGGAACAAACAUCAAACAACCACAAUUUAAAUGAUUUUGGAGGGACCAACAAUAAUAAUAAUAAUAAUAAUAAUAUGAAAACAGAAGUGAUUCUUCGUGAAGAUUUAACUGGUCAUAAUAGUGUGGGGGGUGUAAGUGUAGGUGGCAGUGGAAGUGGAAGUAAUAAUGGUGGUGUAUUUGUGCCUUCAUCGUCAGCAGCUAAAACUUCAUUAUCAACAUUAAUUACAACUAAUAAUAAUAAUAAUAAUAAUAAUACAAUAACACCAGUAUUUACAACAUUACAAGAACACCCUGUAAUCAUAGUACGUGCUGAAGAAGUAUUAUUAGUGGUAUUGGUGUUAAUGAUAUGGGUGGCUGCUAUUGCAUUGUUCUUUAAUCGUUGGGGUAAAAUACGAAUGUUAGAACCAUAUCAACCAAAGUUUGAACAACAAGCGGCUGCUGGUGGACCUGGAGGUGCUGGUCAUCGUUCUAGUUGUCCAAUUGGAACAGGCAUUGAUUCAGCUGUUAAUACGGGUUGUUCAAUAUCUGAUUUACGGAAGCAACGAAUGUCAUUUUCAAAAUUCAAUGUGAACUGCCUUGGUGACCCAUUGUAUACUGGAUUAGUAUCACCCCGUCCAACACAACGCUUACGUCAGAAUUCAGUAUUUGUGGGUAGUCCAACGAUGACCUUUUUGAAUCCACCGCCACGGCGUGUUAAAUCCGCAACGGACAUACAUCAAUUAAUUAUUGGUGGUGGGGCGUUAGCCUCACGAGGUGGGGCGAGUGUAAGUGCUAGACUACCACGAAAAUCAUUAAGCGGCUUUAGUUCAAUUGCACUUGAGACAUCACCAAGUAAGGAAUUCAUAUUAAAAGAUCGUCGACCAUCGAUAACAAUUGAACGACCCCCGUUAUUUAAUACACCAUCAUCAGCGAGCACUGGUACAACAACUGGAUCUGGAACAGCAGCAGCUGCAACGCGACGUAGACCCUCCACAUACCACGAGUUCUCGUGUUACUUCCCGAUACCACGUCGACGUCCCUCUUGUUUUAGUGAUUAUAAGCCAACCAUAGCAUACGGUAGAGUAAGUAAAUUUAAAAGUUUUGAUCAACCAUCGUGCAGUUGGGAGCGUUCAGAUCGUCGUCUCUCAACAGCCUUUGAACGAUCCCCAACGAACGUGAGUAAACGAAGCCGUCCAUCAAUAAGUUUAGAACGACCAAUAUCUUGGGAUCGACGUCCAUCCGUAACUAUAGAACCCCCACCCACUAGUACAGAUCAUAUCAACUCCAAUUCCACAUCAACUCCAUUGACCACAAAAACCAAUACUGUUGUCAUAGCAACAACAGAUGACCAAAAACCAAAAUUACAAAAACAAACAACCAUUAAUUUUGAAAAUAUUAAUCCUGCACAUAUUUCAUUAAAUAAGAAUUCAAUUAGUUUGGAUCAGGCAACCAGUCAGGCACGUGUUAGUUAUGAUCGUAGACCGUCCUUUACAUUGGAGCAACAGACAUCGGGUACACCAUCUAGUGCUGCUCACUUAAUGAGUGAAGCAACAACAGGUCAGUUAAGUGUUACAGGUGGUAAACAUCGUUUAUCUGUUAGUUUGGAUCAAGCUGCAUCCAAAUGGAUUGGUACAACACCCACAUUCAUGAUUGAACGUGCCACACCAGUCAGUCCACACCCUCCCACUACUAUUCUGUCUUCGUCCAUUGAAUUGCAAUUAUUUGAAAGUGAAACUGAAAGUAAACAAAUUACAAAUGUUUAAUUUAAUUGAUUAAUUAAUUAAUUAUUUAUUAGUUUUGUGUGUAGUUAAACUUUAAAUAUCUUUUAUCUGAUCUCAAUCUUCGUUCUUGAAAUUUUAUACUUAACAAACUUCUAUUCAAAGUAGUUUUCUCUAAAACUACGUUUAAUGAGU